UUUGGGAAGAUUUUAGGAUAUAGAAUGCAAUGCAUUUAUUGACUGACAAGUGCUAAUUAGGGCUUUAGAAAGUUGUUUUAACUUCUUGACCAGAACCAAUGUGAAAGAAAUUAUCGUUUUUAAAUAGUUUUGUAUGUCUGUAUUGAUGCUGGAGUUUAAUUUGUAAUUUUACGUUGAUCUGAAAUGGGUUUAGAAACAGGCCCUGAGUAAAUUUGUCUUUUUAAAAACAUGUAUCAGACAAAGUUAACAUGACAAAAUACAAUGGAUAAUCUUUUUCAAAUAUUUUAUUUUUUUUAUCCGUGGAAAAAAAAAACUUGCCUUUUCUGAUCCACUAGGUGCUACUGUCUGCUUUUAGUAAUCUUUUAAGUGGCUGAAGCUCCCAUUAUUUAAAUUACUAAAGACAUAAUAAUAAGACAAUAAUGCCACCACAUUGUCUCAUAAGGAAGAAUCUCCCUUAAAGUCCAAGUGGAGUUUAUUUGUGAUUCACCUUUGCAUUCUGCUGUAGGUUUCAAAUUUGUGAACUAUCAAAUUUAAUAACUAGAAAAAUAUUGAAACGUUUAUACAAUUGACUAGCGUUCACUGUUUUUAGUUUGCAGCUUGAUGGAUUAAACUGCAGCACAAGAUGGGUUAUUGUCAGUUAUUGUAGAGCUGAAACAAUAAGUAGGUCAACAAAAAUUGCAACUAUUUUGAUAAUAUACUAGGCAUUGAAGUCCUUACUGAAGCACAAAUACCAAACAUUUAAUGGUUCUUGCUUCUUAAAUGUGAGCAUUUACUGUGUACUUGUCUUGCUUAUUAUGCCUGGGUUUUAGACAGCUCUUCAGACAAAAACAAAUUUGAUUUGAAGACUAUCUUGGGCUCUAGGAAAUUGUGAUGGUGUAUUUUUCACUACUUUUUGUUACUAAACAUUUAAUCAAUUAGUCAGGAAAAUAAUUGGCAGAUUCAUUAAUGAUGAAAAUAAUAAGUUGCAGCUCUAAAUUAAAGACAAACAAAACUCUAAAAUGCGCUUCAAUGCCUAUAAUUCUCUCAGCAUAUACUGUUGCUUUAAACUUUGAAAGCCAAUUUGAAAUAAAAACAAUUUUACCAUAUUUGCACAAUUUGAUGUACAUGUUAGUAACCGUUCUUUCACAUGUCAAGCUGGACACAUGCACACCAGAAGGUACAUUGUUUAUCCCCAACACCCUUAUGUCUUGUAAUAGAAAACAGCAUUUGAUAUGUCCAAGUACAACCUUAAAGCAGAGAGAGCAACAUUUUUAGUAAGGCUUUUUUUGUGUUGUUUUCCUCUUCCCUUUAGCGAACAUUUCCGCCCACACACACACACACACAUAAAAGCUCCCCUUGGGAAACAUGCCAGCCAGUCAGCCUCCUCGUUCAGGCAGGAACAAGCACUCCUGUAUGAUGAUGAACAGCUGCUCUUCCUCGCCUGCUCACAGGUGUCUCUGGGCUCGCUAGUCUGUCCCCAUUUAUGACACACGUGCCCCCCCCAUUAUAUUUUCUUCAUGGAGAGGCUAGAUCACAGCUGCUAAUAAUAAGCUCACAUUACUUUUUUUGUUUGUCAGAUCAGUGGUCUGGUUAAGAACAUCAUGACACAGUGAGUCAUAGAGUGCAGACUGUAAUCAGCCUCUCCAACAGUGGCAUUUCCCAAUGUCCUGUAUUUUUGUUUAGAGAUUGAUGAUAGCAACGGGAACAGGACAUACCUGGUAAUGUAGUGUUCAGUGAUGCCAUGGAUGUAAUGGUAUUUUGCGAGGGGGGGGGUUGCCAUCUCAGUAUGUCCUCUGCACUCUAAUGGAGCGAUUUCAAACACACACAGUGAGUCAUAGUUUACCGUGUUCCUUCAGGCAGACCUACGUAAGCUGUUAGUGCUUGUGACUUUCACUCACAUGAAAGGUUUGCCAGGUUUAGGUUAGGGUAUGAUAAGGCUGUGUAAUGUAAUUACCUGGUAUGUGAUACAGGAAGGUCAUAAAAGUGGGUUAUUAAAGUUGUAUUGUUAUUAAUAGGCCUUCAUUUAAUCCUGUACAACAGGUUCAAUACUGCAAAUGUAAAAAAUGUUAAUGUUAAUUGCUGUUGAUGCUGUGCACAGAGGCUAACUCAACUCAUUUGACUUUGUGAUGGUCUUGUAGUGGAUUGCAUUAUAUUUUAAUUUGAUCUUCAUAUUAUUUUCUCCUUCCUAUAUGGAGCAGACAAAAUAGUAUCUUUCAUUUGUUGCACCAACUCUAUCUUUAAAAUAUUUUAUCAGAAUUGCAUUGGCACACAAAAAACAACUUAAAGAUCCCCCAGACAUGUUUUAAGACAUUUAAAAAUACUCCGCUUCAAAUAAUAAUUUGCGUCUGAUAUGGUUUCCCCACAAAAAGUUAAAUUACAUAUUUAAAGAUUCUUAAAAUGGCAUCUACUCCUUCUCCUGCACUGAACAAUUAUACAAAUGGGAAAACAGCCUUUUAGUGUCAAACUGCACAGUUUUUUGUGUGCUGUCACUCAGUGUGUACGUAUCUGAGAACUAGGCCAGGCCAGUGUAAACAUCUGGCUCAGUCCAGCGCUUGCCGCCUGUUGAGAGCCAUGACAGAUGGAGAGGGAGCGUAUGGCUCAGGCACCUCCAUCUUUGACCGUGUACGCCAGUUGUCUUCCCAAAAUAGCCAACACUCCCCGACCUUAUAUGUGCAGGCCUCCAGCGUGUGCCUGAGGAGGCAUCAUGUAUCUGGGCCACACAAUACAGGCUGCAGGCGCAUUGUUGCUGCUUACCAGCAGGCCUAUUGCCACCACAGGGACAAGGCCUCUUUUUCUUUCUGUCUUGGGACGGCUCACCAUGCAUCUCACCCAGCUCGACGGUGAAUGUCUCCUCCACCUUUUCUCCUUCCUUGACAAGGACAGCCGGAGGAGUUUGUCUCUUACCUGUCAUCAGCUGCGCGAAGUCUUCCUGGACCCUUGCCUCUGGACUCUACUUCACUUCAGCUCCCCGUGUCAGCUGACGAAGGACAACUUUGUGCUGGGACCCUCAUUACGUUUCUUGACAGUUUGCUGGUACUCCAGCAGGGUCCUGCAAGUGUGCAACAUCGAGGACUGGUUAAAAAGCUCGUUUCAGAAGGACAUCUGCAGUAAACAUGAGAGCCUGGUCAGCACUUUCCUGGCCCAUGUCUGCCACAUGUGUCCCAACCUGCUCUGGCUAACCCUGUCUGGCUGUGGACACAUCACUGACCAGGAUGUGAUCUCCGUGCUGCAGAGCUGCAGGAAGCUGCGCCGCCUCCACCUGGAGAACUGCGUACGCAUCACUGACUGCAGCCUGGAGGGUGUGGCGGCUCAUGGACACAGUCUGGAGGAGGUGAAGGUGGACUUUUGCAGGAACAUCACUCAGUCAGGGCUGCAGGCUGUCGGAGAGAAGAGGCCGGGCAUUCAGCUGAGUGCAGAGAGGAGCGCUGAUAUGAUCCCAGACAGCAAGCCUGAGGAGAGGGUGCCACUCAGGAGGACACUGCAGAAAGUCCUGCAGUUCUCCUGAAGCUAAGAAAUACCAGCUCCUUGGGCUCAGCCAUCUGUGACACUCUGAACCUGCUGACCUUGUGGAACAGCAAACCCGCAAAUUAGGCUAAAACCUUUGGCUGAAACCUGUCCUCCUGAGGAUCAGAUGUC